ACGAAAAAAGCAUGCUCGGCAGUCUCCUCUGCUCGGCAGCACCUUUAUAGUCCAUCCUGUUUCCUGGUGGUGAAAGCUGAACAUUGCUGCAUCAAAUUUAAAGCAUAAUAAUUGUAUUCAUAAAUAGUAUAAAUAUCUUCGUCAGAAAAGUGCUGUAAGAUUGCUGACAAGUGUAAACUGAUAUUGCGGAGGUUUAGGAGUGCCGGCGAUGGCAGGCGUAGACUUACUACUGAUUCUGGCUGUGGUGUCGGCCGCCAUGCUUAUGGUGGUUAAUGGUGGCGGAGGAGGAUUUCCAGCUAGUGCGCUCACUUUGGAGAGGGCUUUUCCGGUAAACCAGAAGGUGGACCUGGAGGAGCUCAAAGCUAGAGAUAGAGCCAGGCACGCUCGCAUCUUGCAGAGCUUUGCUGGCGGCAUAGUUGAUUUUCCGGUCCUUGGCACCUCCGACCCUUACCUCGUCGGCCUUUAUUUCACUAGAGUAAAAUUGGGAUCUCCACCAAGGGAGUUUAAUGUGCAAAUUGAUACGGGCAGUGAUAUUUUAUGGGUUUCAUGUGAUUCCUGCAAUGAUUGCCCUCAAUCGAGUGGACUUGGGGUUCAGCUCAAUUCUUUUAGUGCCACUGGCUCGUCAACCGCUUCUUUGAUAUCUUGUUCGGAUGCAAUUUGUGCUUCUAUUGUUCAAACUUCUUCUGCUGAAUGCUCCACCCAGGGCAAUCAGUGUGGUUACUCCUUUCAGUACGGGGAUGGAAGUGGCACUGCUGGAUAUUAUGUCUCUGAUCUGCUCUAUUUUGACACAAUUCUGGGAGCCUCAUUCAUUGCCAACUCUUCAGCUCCUAUUGUGUUUGGGUGCAGUACUACUCUGUCUGGAGACUUGACUAGAUCUGAUAGAGCAAUUGAUGGAAUUUUCGGAUUUGGUCAGCAGGAGAUUUCAGUAAUAGCACAACUAUCAUCACGUGGAAUUACUCCUAAAGUAUUUUCCCAUUGCUUAAAAGGUGAAGGCAAUGGUGGUGGGAUACUUGUUCUUGGUGAGAUUUUGGAUCCCAGCAUCGUUUAUACUCCCCUUGUUCCAUCACAGUCUCACUAUAAUUUGUAUCUUCAGAGUAUUGCUGUCAAUGGGCAAGUGUUGCCUAUAGAUUCAGCAGUGUUUGCAACAUCAGAGAACCGAGGAACCAUUGUUGAUUCUGGAACCACUUUGGCUUACCUAAUUGGAGAAGCUUAUGAUCCUUUUGUCAGUGCUAUAACAGCUGCUGUUUCCCAAACUGCUAGACCAGUUCUUUCAAGAGGAAGUCAGUGUUAUUUAGUUUUAGCAGGCAUUACUGAGAUAUUUCCUCCAGUUUCUUUUAACUUUGCUGGUGGUGCCUCCAUGGUUUUGAGGCCAGCAGACUACCUUGUUCAUUUGGGGUUUGUGGACGGUGCUGCAAUGUGGUGCAUUGGCUUCUCAAGGGUAGAAAAAAGCGUGUCAAUUUUAGGAGAUCUCGUUCUAAAAGAUAGGAUUUUUGUUUAUGAUUUAGCUCAUCAGAGGAUUGGAUGGGCAGACUAUGAUUGUUCAUUGUCUGUGAAUGUCUCUAUUACUUCUGGUAAGGAUGAAUUUGUCAAUGCUGGACAGCUGAGGGUAAGCAGUUCAACAAGCAGUGUGUUCUGCGAUCUUCUAUGCACGAGCACCAUUGCUUUGCUUCUGCAAAUACUAGUGUUGGUUGGCUCCCAAUUUUUGUAAUAUAAGUUUCAGCCUCAGAAUCCUCAUUCUUGAUUGAAGAUAGGCUGUGCCAGUUUAUAGCAAUUGGCGGGCGGGUGUUAGAGGCUUAGAGCCUUCAAUUCAUGAGCAUAGUUGUCUCUCCUGAGGUUAGUUUUCUUUGUAUGUGCUUGUUACUGGUAGGAUAGGCCAUGAUAGGCCGCUGGUCUUUUGGCUCUAACAAAACAUGCAGCUCAUUCUUCAGUCACCGUCUUUUUUUUAAGUAAGUGGAAAGUUUUGAAUUCAGGAUCUCUUACUCAUAAUCUUUUCCACCUUACCACCCAACCGAAUUCUCCCCCUCACUAUCUUGAAAAUUGUAACAUGUAAAUUAUGGUCAUAUUUUACAGCUAUAGAGUCGAUUUAUGGUUUAUGGGGGAUAGAGAGACUAGUUCAUUCUUCUUCCACCAUGGUGAGAAUUGUACAAAUAAGGUGAAAUUUUGGGGCCUAGAGUUCUUGUAAUACGCGUUCGUGUUUGUAAUGAUCUCUUUCUUCGUUUACUGGAUUGA